AUGGCAGUAGAAAGAGACCUCUACGACCGCCUCGCUGCCACAGCCAAGGGCUUCAUCGAAGCCGCCAAUGCUGCAACACCACGCGACAAUAACCCAGACUACGACCUCAUCAAAUCCUUCGCAGCUCCACACUUUCGCAUAGAAUGGGCACCCAAACUCUUCGCCCGGAAUAGUCCUCUACUCGGCGACGCGAAAGACAUCGAAGGCUUCUGCAACCACAUUCGAGGCAUGUCGGCGAAUCUCUCGACUUGGGCGAUCCUCGUCAAUGACAUGUUCGUGGAUGUGAAAAGGAGGACUGUGAUUGCAAGAGCUGAUUUCUGGAUGUUGCCGAAUGGUGGGGAGAAAGUGUGUAAUGAUAUCGUGUUUUUUGUCAAGUGUGAUGAGAGCGGGGAGAAGAUUGUUGAUUGUUGUGAGUAUGUUGAUCCUGCUGCGAGUCAGGCUAUUAGGGAUCAGAUUGCGGCGAAGACUUGGGAGAGUAAGACUGCGCAGGCCAAGAGGGUGGAUGGGUCAAUGGGGAUGGUGGACGUUGGGGUGUUGUGA